UAUGUAAGAUAUCAAAGAAUAUAAUAUGAUGAUCCCCCAUGUAACUAUCACCCAGCUUGAUAAUUAUCAACUCAUGGGAAAUCUCCACUGCCCCCAUUAUUUUGAAACCAAUCCCAGAUUAUCAUUUCAUCCAUAAACCAGCAUGUUUCUCUAAAAGAUAGACAUUUUUUUUUCAAAAAAACCGUAACCACAGUACUAUUAUCAUGCCUGAAAUAUUUUAACAGUAAUUUGUCAGUUCUCAGUUUUUUGUCCAGUUUAUUCAAAUCAGGAUCCAAAUUGCAAUUGGUUGAUGUAUCUUGUACAUCUCUUUAAAUCAAUAGGUUCCCCUUCCCUUUUUGUUCCUGCACUUUAUUCAUUGAAGAAACCAAAUCAUUUACCUUAGAAUUUCCUGCAGUAUGGAUUUUGCUGAUCAUACUCUUACAGUGUCCUUUUAACAUGUUCUCUGUCUUUUGUGUUUCCUAUAGAUUGAUAGUUAGGUCUAGAGACUUGAUGAGGUUCAGAUGUGAGUUUUUGGCAGGAAUACGUUUUGGGUGGUAUUGUAUACUUCUAUCAGGAGGAAAAUAAUGUCUGGUUGUCUCUUUUUAUCAUAUUAACAGUCAUUGAUGGUCAUUGCCUAAGAGGAAUUGCAAAAUGGUGGUGGUCUAGUUCUGGAUUGCAUUCUUCAUUUAUUAGGUAGCAUAAUUUUAUAAGAGGAACCUAUCCUCGGCUAUUUGGUUACCUUGAAAUAAAAGUUUAUAUAAGAAGGGCAGGAUACUGGCUUACUUCAAAAUUUUUUUUUGUUUUAUGAGUUUUCAAAAUAACGAUUUGGGUUUUUUCAAUAUCAUUAUGAACACACAUUUGAUAUAUUUUUAAGCUAUUACACUUAAAAUUAUUGAUGCUCAAAUUGGUAAAAGCUGUUUUUUAAACACUUUAUUUGUAUUAUCUUUCUGUAACGUGAAAAUUGUAUUUCAUUUGUCCCUGUAGGGAUAUUUUUAAUAGGGAAACAUGAUUUAGUUAAAUAAGUUAGAAAAAUUUUUUAAUCAAAAUUGUUUAACAAGUUUGAAUAAGAUGAGAAUUUAAAUCAUUUUAAUCAGUCUUUUCAUUGCCUUGAAAAAAUGAGAUGGCCUUUAACAUGGGAAUAUUAAGUCAAUUUGUAUCAAAUUAUAAUCAUUACAGGAAGAAAUACAAGAAAAAGAAAUCGAAGAAGAGCAGAAAAGAUUCCAGUGAUUCAAGCUCUAAAGAUUCUCAAGAAGAGUUUCUGGAGUAUCCCUGGAAAGAUCGAUCAAAGCCUGAAGAACCCUCAGAUUUAAUUGGCCCAGAGGCUCCAAAAACACUUGCCUCACAAGAUGAUAAACCUUUGAACUAUGGCCAUGCCCUGCUACCUGGUGAAGGUGCAGCUAUGGCUGAAUAUGUAAAAGCUGGAAAACGUAUCCCGCGAAGAGGUGAAAUUGGCUUGACAAGUGAAGAGAUUGCAUCAUUUGAGCGCUCGGGCUAUGUAAUGAGUGGUAGCAGGCAUCGCCGGAUGGAGGCUGUGCGACUGCGGAAAGAAAACCAGAUCUAUAGUGCUGAUGAGAAGAGAGCCCUGGCAUCCUUUAACCAAGAAGAGAGGCGAAAGAGAGAAAACAAGAUUCUGGCCAGUUUUCGAGAGAUGAUAUACAGAAAAACUAAAGGGAAAGAUAACAAAUAAGGAUUUUCUAAUUGUUCAGCAGACAUUUUUAACAACAAGAAAGAAAGUGUGGGAUACACACACACACACACAAAUAUAUACACAAACAGAUUACUGUGAUCUGAAAGCUUUCAGUGCUACUGUGCCUUCUAUUUAAUUCCUUCAGUCCUUCAGUAAGAAGCUGCUCAUUGAUAGAACUUUAGCAAGUUCCUUGGGUUAUUUUGGAUUGCCCAUAAUAACUUUCUGGCUUAAAAAUCCAGAUUAUGAAUGAAAUCGUACUGGGGGAGGUGAAAUUGAGAGAAAGUGUCCGUGAGAGAGAAACUUUACUCUCACACCAUGGGACAGUACUACUAUUAGCUCCAUAGGAUGCCCACCCUCACCCCCACCCCAACUGCACUCAUGGGAAAUUAUUAUUCCUGUACGUUGACUAUGUUAUAAAUGGACUUGUAGAAAUAUACAGGAGGCCACUUUUGUCAACAGAAUGAAGGCAUUGCUGAAAAAAGCAAAUCUGGAAUUUGAAAAUUGACUUGUGUAAUACCAUAUAUAGUCUGCUCUGGAAAUUAUGUAUGUUGGUUUUAGUCCCUACCUCCACCCCCAAACCAACAAACAAACCAAAAAGCAAACUAACCCGUAGACUUAUUGAGUUGAAAAUGUGAACAUUAGUUCUUAAAAUUCUUACUAGGUUACUUAAAAAUGGUUUUCAAAUAUAAACUAUUGGGACUACUGUUGUGCCAAUGUAAGGUACAUUAUUUCCACCUAAGCUGUGCUUAAGUCACUGUUUGAAUACUGGAAACGAUCGACAGUGAACUGUGAUCACGUUUUGUAAGGAUGAAGCUACAAUGAUGUUGAACAUAUUUUAAGUCUGUCUGUUAUGUAAUAAGCGUAUUUCAUUUCAAGCAUUAUUAAACCUUUCAGUUUAUUUUUUGUAUCCGUCACGGUUUAAUCUUUUAUACUUUGUAUAGAACCCCCUCACCUUAUCACUUUUUUAUGGCUGCUGUUGACUUAAAUUUGGGAGAAAGGGAAAAUGCUGGAACUAUGAAAUUGUGAUCUGUUUCCAUCCUUUAUUUGUUCAACUUGAGUUGGUAGAUCACAAGAAUGAAAAGGGAGGAGGACAGUGGAAGUUUUGGCUGUUUGUGUUAAGAUUGUUUUGAGUUGUCUUAUUAUUAUGUGCCUAGGAUAAAUUUAAAUUACCUGAGUGAUGGGGAAAUUCGGACACUGCUGUUAUAAAAUACCCUCCUUUUGUAAUAGUUCAAUGUGGUUUUUUUCAAAGUUUUAAAAUACAGCAGUCAUAUUUCAAAGUAUAGGUCAAAAGUUUUACUGGUUGACAUAUGUUGUAGGGAAAUGUCUACCUUUAAUCCACAACUAAUGAACUAAAAACCCAGUUGGCAUGUAAUAACACUUAGGACCCCUGAAUUUGAAGUGAUUUCUAUUUAUCAUUGUUGCUGCCUAGCCUCAUAAAUCUCUCAUUUCCAAAAGUUAGAAGAAAACUAGGCCCCAAAUUUAUGAAUCGUAAUCCAUCUAGUUCCCUGUGUAAUAAAACCUAAACUUAUAAUCGCUACUUAAAAAUUUUGUUCUAUAAGAACAUAGUUUUUUUGUUAAGGAUUCCUGGGGACUGAAUGAGUUUGUUCUCUUUCAGUAAGCAAGGUAGUUUAUAUGCAACAACUUCAUGAUAUAUGAAUAUUGUGGAUUUUCAGUGGAUUCUCCUAUGUCCUCCACAGAGGAGAUGCUUGUUGAGUCAGUGAAAAUGUAUUAUUUCAGAACUUUUAACAUUUCUUUCAUCAGGGUUUGUUCAGCAAAGAUCUGUCAAAGAAUAGCUUUGGGAGCACAUUCUUUGGGAAAGAGGAAGGAAGAGUAAAAGGGCUGACAGUAAGUAUUUUCAGUUAGGAGAGUUACUGCUUGGAACUGUUCAGUCAUCUGAGCCAGAAGUCAAAUUAGGAGGGCUGUUGUAUUUGAAAUAUAUUUUUUGUUCUCCAAAGAGACGUAUCUUGUUUUCCACCCCCUCACCUGUUGCUCUAAUAAUAUUUUCCCUACUUUUGUAUUUACUGUACAAAUGUAACAGUUAAAAAAAGAAGAAAGAAAGAUUACCCACAGUCUCACCACAUCAAUUGUCUUUGGUAUUCUGUGUUCCCUUCCAGUGCUGGUCUACAUAAAUAUAUAUUCUGACAUGCCCGCAAGUAACUGCUUGUAAUGUAAUUUAGUCUUUGGUGUUUUAAAACUUUGCAGCCAGGCAAGGCAGCCUCACAGGGAUGGCAGGGACAAGUGACGAUCUGUGCGAAGAUGGAAAGAAGACAAAAAUAAGUAAGGGUGGCGACUGAACCUUCCCAGUUUCAUUGCCUCCAAUCCUCAAGUCACCUUGCUGCCGUCACAGUGUGGUGCUGCGGUGUGAGGCAGCAUGGCCCACUUCAGUUUCAGAAAGUAUUGUUGAACAGUGAGGCUGAGCUUGCAAUAAAUGGAAGGGGUCUGUGAGUAGGGAAACCCUUCAGACUGGUUGUAUUAAGAGCUAUAGAACUGUCGCCAUUUUUCUUUUCCCCAGCUAUUCCCGUAAAGAGACGUGUCUGGGCUGGAGAAUUAGGCUCAAAUGGGGGAACAAGCAGCCAAGUACCAUUUCAGUUUGGUCUGAUAGGUAAAUUUUAGUAACUGUCUAAGCUCAGUUUCUGUUCUCUAAGGCUGAGUGAUACAGACAGUGAUGGUAAAAACCUUGUAGAAAGCAGAAAACAACUUACUGGUUACUCUGCUAAUGUGGCAGAAGUUGCCAAAUGGAAAGUGAAUGAAUACAAAAAAACACAGCUGGUUAAUGUGCCACAAGUUUUAUUAUUCAAUAAAUAUUCUGUGGUUUGA